AUGGGUAACGAAAAUUCACAUUUAGAUGAAGGAUAUGACACUGAUAAAUUUAUCAAACCUAGAAAUGUAACAUGGGAUCAAUUAAAGGGAAUGGUAGAAGAGCUUAAUGAUAAAUGCCAAUUUAUUGUUGAUUCAAAUAAAAAUUAUCUAUUAUUUUAUAUUCAAAAAGGGCAUAGAAAUUGUAUAUUAUGGAAGUUUACAACAAAAAUUUUAGUUUUGAAAAUAAAUCUAUUAACUCUUAAACCAAACUCACAUCGAAUAAUAUCAUUUCGACAAUUUGUUCGUAUCUACAAUAGUAUUAUGUUUACAGUUGAUGUUUCUGGAAAAUCUAUGACUCAAGAUGCUUGUAUUUCAGCAUACAUGAAGGAUUGUAUGUGGCGUUCUGAAAUAGGUGGUGGGACAACAAAUGAAGAUGGUGAAUGUUUAAUAUGUUUUGAUAGAUUUCCAGAUGUUAUAUUACCUUGUUCACAUGCAUUUUGUGAAAUUUGUGUUGAAAAAAUUAAAGAAACAGACAAAAAUUAUUGUCCUCUUUGCAGAGAGGAACUUAAAAAGGAUGGUAAUGAAGAUUUAUGGAGCAUACCCGAUUUACCAGAAGAUUCAGAAAUUGAAAAUUACAUGCUUUCUAUUGUUGAUAGUCACGAUAAAAUUGAUUGA